AUGGAGAGCCCCAACAGCGUGUAUGUGGCGCUGGCCGCCACCAUGGGCGCGCAGCUCGCCAAAGCGGUCUCGCGCCACACGCUUUGCUCGUGGAUCCACGCGGAGAAGCGCGGGUGCAACAUCUUCCGGUCCGUCGCUGGCGCGCUCAACGUCCACGCGACCGCCACGCACGUGCACACGCCGUUCAACCUCGCCGCCGACGCGCUCUUGGCGACGAGCACCGAGGCCUACUGCGCCAUGAUGCGCAACCUCUCGUCCGACUUUGUGGCCGGCGACGUCCUGCGCACAAUCGUCGGCCCGACGCCCGAGGCGCCCAACCGCCACAUUGCACUAACGUCGGCGGCGUUCAAGAACGACAAGCUCUUCCAGAAGGCCAAGGACUUUGUCUGCCUCGAGUACGUGGACGUGGUGCAGAGCGGCGCGCGGCAGCUGGCCUUCCGCGUGCUCCAGGCCCUCCCGAGUGUCGACAACAAUGGCGCAAACGGAGACCGCCCGAACGCUCCGAUGACCGGCCUCGUGUUUGCCACGAGCUCGGCGCACGAUCAAAUCGACGUGUCGUAUCUGUGCUCGCUGAGCCACGAGCUCGAUGCGUCCUACAUCAUUUCGCACGUCGAGCAGUGCUUCGCCGGCAUCUUCAAGCACUUGGAUCAAGCCCGCGCCGGCGACAUGCGCUUUGCGAUGCCAGAGCUCCAAGUCAUUGCGCUCCCGGAGACGACGCAGAAGGUUUGCCACGUCUGCGAGCGCGCCUUCCAUUGGGGCUCGACGACGCAUACGUGCUGCCAGUGCGUCAUGCGAGUCUGCAAGUCCUGCGUGUGCACGCGGCUCGUCGAGGUGGCAGGCGCGAGUUUGCCGACGCGGCCCGCGGCCAUCUGCUUGCGCUGCAUGGACUCGGCGCGGCGCAAGAAGAGCGCAGAGCUCACGGCGUGUCCGAGCGCAUCGAUGGACUCGGUGUUUGGCCCGAUGCUCACGCUCUGGGCCGAGUACGAGCUGCCGACAAAGGAGACGGCGUACCGGCCGCCGCCCGUGCGCAAGCUCAGCUUUCCGUUCCGAUCGACAAGCGACAGCAUUCUCGCGUCGCUCAAGAAGCGCCGGGGCAGCAUGGUCGACCUCGUUUCGCCCGUCGCGCUGGAGCGCGCGCGGUCCUAUCCAAGUACGACGACAAGUGAGGUCGAGUUGUCGUCGUAG